UGCCGGGGUCCGGUUCCUCAGCUCCAGGUGGAUCCUCCUCUUCAUGUCCAUGUUUCUCUCUUCCCCCCUCUCCAAACUUAACUUUCCGCGGCGGUGGCGGAGGGGGGAGAGGCGUCCCAGCCUGCGCAGCGAGGGCCGUCAGAAGGGGUCUGCUAGUAGCAGAGGCCGGCGGCGCGGUCCCGGGCGGUGGGCGGCGUGCGGGCAGGCGAGCGGAGCCCCCGGAGCCAAGUUACUCACGGGAGCGGAGAGAAACCAUGGAGGGAAAAGGGGGCUGGAGCGCAGCGCUGUUCUCACUACCGCCGCCCCCGGCCGUGGCCCCGCACUGCGCUUAAACCGGCGACGCGUCGCGGGUGGCUGCUCGGCUCGACUCGGCCCCGCGCGGCGCCGCUCGGCUCGGCGGCCGCGGUGCACCAAGGACGGGGUGGGGAGAGGCGCGGCGGGAGAGGCGGAGGCUGGGGGGAAAAAGCGCAGCCGGGUGGACGGGAGUGACUUACUCCCGCCCUCAGAUCGCACGUGGGGGUGGCUGAUGUAAGACCCGCCUCGGGAGCUUCCACGCCCGCAGCUAAGCUGAGACCCCGGGGUCCCUCCUCGACGCGCCCGGAGACGGGUCUCCAGACCGCGCUUGGACGUUUGCCGGGAGGGAUGAGGGGGGGACUUUACAGCCUGGCUGAGGGGGUACCUAAGGCCAAGUCCUUCCGCGGAGGCUCGGCCUGGCCCUCCCGACACCCGCGAAGGCGGGAGACUUGUAGAGAGCGCGGGACGAGGGCUUUCGGGUUCACCUCCCGCUCCUCCGCACCGUGUGGGGCCAACAGCACGAGCCCCGCGUCCCCUUGACCGUGUGGGGCUGGAAGUGCUGCGAGGAUCCUCGUCGGGGGCAGAAUCGCGGCGGGCCCGCGUUCUACCGCGUGGCACCGGGCGGAGUCGGCCUUUGUGGCCGGCGGGGACACGGCAGACGCGGCCGCUUGCCCAAGCCACAGGGGAGCCGAGCAUCCCCAAGUCCGGGAGAAUCUCCCUGGGUUUUCUAACAUUUAAAUAUAGGCUAGCGAAGGCAGCAAUUAGCAUCUCUAAUGGGGCCUCGGAGUUUACAGUUUCUUCGAAGACUUUUAUCUCGUUUAUUUUUAAGGGCACCCCUGUGAGGUGUGUGGAUUCUAGAUGGUCUCCAUUUCGGGGAUUGGCAGGUAGCCUUUGUAAUGGGCUGGCUCAGAGAGCUCCCUGAGAGACAGGGUUAGAGCACUAAGUCGGCUUUGCAGACUUCAGAGAAAUAAUGUUACAUUCAGCUUAAAAUAAGUAAAUACGUCACGUGUCAAAUCAGAUACCAUCUUAAUUCUAGUAUGGACAAGAGGCUCCAAGAUUGAGAACAAUUUAUGAAGAGAGAAAAACUUACAAUUCUAUGCAUUAACCUAAGGUUUUCUUCAAGUUAAGAAAGACUGCACUCUUCCAUUUCACCUAAGUUCAUUUAGUGGCAAACAAAACUACCUAUAUCAAUUUUUAAAAUAUCAGAUGCAUUAAAAUGUCAAAACAAAAAAGUUUUAGAAGGAUUAUGGAAAAAGGCAAAAAAGAACCUUUCUAGUAUGUUGUUUCCUGAGUCUUGUAUUUAAAAGGUUAGUCUCAGCAGUCAUCUCUGUGACGGGAAAAUGAUGAGGGAAGUGCUCUUCGGGAUGUUACACUAGGUCUGUAACUGUAAGGUUAUGAGAACCGCAGGGCCAUGAGAUGAAGGCUUUUACAAAAAAACUAGCAAAUUAGUUCCAUGAGCUAACAAGCAAUGAUUGAGCAUCCACUUUUAGGGCUUAAUACGUUCUUUCUAAUUUAAUGCUCAGACGACCCUGUGAAGUAGAUUGUAUUUUAGUCGUUUUACAGAUGAGGAACUGAAGCUGUGUGGCCAACAAGAGGUGGAGCUAGGGUUUAAACCCAGAUGGGUCUGACUCCAAGGCCUGUGUCUCUUCUGCUACACUAUCGGUCUGUGUGGAAUGAAAUCGUAGCAUGGGGGUCUGCUUUGAAACAGUAGGUUGGGAACAAUUGUAGAGAGGCUUUAAUACCAAACAGAGGCUGCAGGCGCCAUCUUGUAGGUAAAGGGGAGAUGCUGAAGGAGACUGGGCCGUGGUAGCUCUGUGCUAGAGAAAGUGGGAACCUGGUGGCUUGUGGGGGAGGUGAUAUCAAUCCUUAGGGAGAAAGAGGGCAGAAUCUUGGGAUCCUGUCCUCUCUUUAUGACCAACUCAACGGUAUGAGAACUCACAAGAUGUGUGUUUUAUAAGAUUAAGCUACAAAGUAAUUAAUAAACAUAGCCACAAUGUGCAGCAAAUAAAAAGAAAGCAAAAGAGCCAGAAGAGAGACUACAGACCCGGCACUGUCCCUUCUGACACAGCCGGUGCUGGCAUGCACCUCUGUGAACAAAGAGCAUGUGUUCCAGUGACAUGCUUCUUUGUCAGGGGCUUCACUGCCAAAGGCAUAAAUAACACAGGCAGAACAGGGUGUGUCUCACUGCCCUGCCAACAUCUUCCACUGGACUGUCAGUCCACAGGCCUGAAGGGGCUGUUGUCACAACUGUCCUGGUUGUGAAUAUUGCUGUACUUAACAUCAUUCUGUGUAUGCAUCUGGGUGUGAGAAAGAAGUAGAAUAUUGAACUGUAUCUAAGCUGCAAUCAUUAUCAUGAUUUUGGAUUUAUGGAUUUGAAGGACUGGAAGGGAAUAAGGAAAAGCGAAAACAUCUUAGUUUGUGAGGGAGUCUGAACUAUGGGUAAAUCUCUUUUACUUCCAUUGAUGUUAAUGUUUACCUAAUAAGUAAUACAGAUAUCAAACAAUGCCUGGUUUUGGCACUCCUUUGACCCUUAAAACUGCUUGUUAAUCAGAAUGUGUGUAUUCCAGUAAGCUCCAAAAUGUCUGAGAACACUCGGAGCUAGUUUGUAACUCCUUGGAUCUGCUCUCCACCCCACUGCCUCAGCAACGUCAUCAGAUGAUCAGAGCCUUCCACAAACUUUGUGUCUGUGAACAGACUUCAGCAAAUCUGAAGAUGAAACAGGCCCACUCAGGCAUUGGCUUAACUGGUCUUGAAACCAGUUUACCAGAAUCGGCACCUUUUCUCUUUAAGAAAGACAGUCUAUGAAGGUGAUGCAUAAGAUGGGGUGAAGAAAUCAUUACUCUAAAUAUUAAACACUUCCAUUCUUUCCCUCCUCUCCCAUACACAUUUGCAUACACUGGUAAAUCCGUCCGCUGAGUCUCCACAGUAUGGUCUGUGUGCCUGUUAUAGCAGCUAGGCAACACGUGGGAGUUGUUGAAGGAUCUAAAUUCUCAGCGAGACUGAGCUCAUACAAAUAUUUCUGGAUGAUAUGAAUGGAGAGCAGGAGCCUGGGGCCAUCUUUAGAACAUAGGUGCCCUGCAAAUGUGUUAUGUUGAAAUAAUGUCACGUGUACUCAAAAAUAUUACCUAGAAACAGCUGAGACACUGAGACAAACGGAGAGAGGAAGGCAAGUAGUUGGGUGAAAAUGGGUUAAGGAAUAAGAUCCUGUUAGUCACCAGAUGGUAAAAAAAAAAAAUGAAGAGGGGAAAGUGUCAGGUGUGCAGGCAGCUGCAGGUCCAGUAAGGGGCCCCUGCCAAGACAGCCAGAUUCCGUUCUGCUCUCUGAAACAGCUGUAGGUGCGUGGCCUUCCUGGGGCAGCAAGGAAGAGCUAUGACCACCAAGAGUCGGGUUUAACAUUUAUUAAACACUAUCCUUAUGCAAAGUACUGUGCUUGGGACUUUUGUGUACAUUGCAUCUCAGUUAAUCCUGGCACCAGCUCGCGGGGACAAGACUAUAAUUCCCUUUUAUUGUUUAGGAAACAGGCUUAGCAAAGCCAAGUAGAACUCACAUAGCUAGUAAGAACCUGGAUUUCUCUGUCAUUAAAAUCUCACUGUAAUUCAUUCUCAUUACUUUGAUCCACUAGUCUUCACAACUGCUUCUGAAAACUUUGAUCCACUAGUCCUCACAACUGCUUCUGAAAAGCCUUUUUGUUUUCUCUGCUUUAAGAAGAUUUACAUGCUCAAGGAGGGGGUGCAGAGGAAGUUAAAAAAAAGAAAAAACUAAAGAAAAUAUUAAAUUUUAAAAUUAGAUUCCUACUAUUGAAACAUAUCCACCAUUAAGGUGUAUAUCCUUGCAGCUUUUUUUUUUUCUAUAUUAUACAUAGUUUUUAAGAAAACAAUAUUGGGGGGACUUCGCUGGCAGUCCAGGGGUUAAGACUCUGCGCUUCCACUGCAGGGGGCGCGGGUUCCAUCCCUGGUUGGCGAACUAAGACCCGCAUGCCACGUGACGCAGCCACAAAAUUUAAAAAGAAAAUUAUGUUUCACGAUUAAAAAAAAACAAUAUUGGGAUCAGAUUGAAGAUUUUUGCUUGAAACUUGUUUUUCCAGCUAACACUAUGGUAAGUAAUGAGUUAAUACUCAUGACAAUUAUGAGUGUUAACUUUGCUCAAUAUUUUUCCCUUUUUAGAGAUGGACUCUAGUAAUGUGGGAAUCCACUCCAUCACUUACAGGCUGUGUGCUUUGGGACAAACCACAUAACCUCUAGGAGCCUCAGGCUGCUUAUUUUGGGGGACUGUUAUGAGGAUUAGACAUGAUCCUGUGGGUGAAGCUCCUACCUGGCGCUGUGCCUAGCACUGUCUCUGUGCCCCAGUCACAGUUGCUGCAAGGCAGAGUCCCUCCCUUCUAAGCAGAGGCCCAGAGCUUGCUAGCCUCCUCAGGGGUUAUCGAAGUUCUGCUGUGGCCAUUAGUCUUCCACUUCUGCUCCAUGCCCUUCAUCUCCUGUAGUUACCUUGCCCUUUUGGCUGAGGUAUGGGCUCACCUCAAACCAAUGUAAGUUGUUUUAUUUAUUUAUUUAUUUAUUUAUUUAUUUAUUUAUUGGUUGCACAGAGUUGCUGGCGGGAUCUUAGUUCCCCGACCAGGGAUUGAACCCAGGCCACCACAGUGAAAGUGCUGAGUCCUAACCACUGGACCGCCAGGGAAUUCUCUAAUCAAUUACCCCUCUGGGAGAGUUUAGCAAAUGGAAAGCCAGUGGACAAAUGACAGAAGACCAGAAGUUUAUUCUCUGGAGACAUGGGCUCAGAGCGGCACUGGACUUGGGGACACCAGGCCCAGGUGAGAGUGCAUCUCCAUUAACCAUGUAGAGAGAAGUUGAGAGAGUGCAGGGGGCCACUCAGAAGCCACUGUGUUUGGACAUCUGGGUUCUUCUUUCUACAACAGCCUGAGCAGUGAGAGGACUCUGCUCCGAGAGUAAAGAGAUCUGGAUCCUGGUCCUGGCUUUUCUGUGUCAUUCAGGGUUCUUGUGGAAGUCAGACCAAACAGCAGGAAGGUAUUGCAGCAAGAUGGAUUUGGGAAAGGACCAGUCUCACUUGAUGCUCCAUCAGAUACCUGAUCCUCAUCAAGAAGAGAACCAUGUUCCAGAAGUCAUUGGAACUUGGAGUUUAAGAAACAGAGAGCAACUCAGAAAAAGAAAAGCUGAAGCACAAGAAAAGCAAACUUCACAAUGGCAAUUUGGAGAGAAAAAACAUAAGCGGCAGAGAACAGGAAAAAGAAGUGAAAGAGGCAGAAAGAGACAACAAAAUACAGAAACGAAGGUGGAGCCUCUGUCACAAUUAGAAAAGGAAAUGAUGGAGAAAGCACCAGCACCUACAGAGAAAGAAACUGAACCACCCAGGAGUGUGACUGAAGCUCUCCUUCCGGUAGCCUCCACGCAAAGAGUUGUGCCCAAGAAACAUUUUUCUGAAAUAGGUCAAGAAAGCAUUAUCCAUCAGGAAAAUUCUUCUGAAUACCAAGAAACAGCAGUACAAAACCACCCUUCUGAAGUACUCCAAGAUAUGGCUGAAUCUGGAGACCUCUCUCCUAAAAUGUACCAAGAAAUAGCUGUAUUUCAAGACCAUCCUUCCCAAAUGCGCCAUGAUAUGGCUCAACCUGAAGACCUCUCUCUUAAAAUGUGCCAAGAAACCGCUGCAGCCAAAGCCCUUUCUUCUAAAACAUCUGAAGAUGUAGCUGACCUGGAAGGAUGCCCUCUUGAAGCAUACCCCAAACCAGAUGUGCCUAAAGGCUACGCUCUUGAAACAUACCAAAAAAGAGCUGAACCUGAGCAACACAAUUCUGAACUAGGUCAAGGAAUAGCUGAGACUGAAAAUUUUGUUCCUAAAGCACAAGAAAUAGCUGUGCCUAAAGAGCUUUCUAUAAAAACAUACCAAGAAACAGUUGAACCUGAACACUUUUCUCAUAAAACAUAUAAAGAAAUUGCUGUGUCUAAAGCCCCCUCUCAUAAAACAAUCCAAGAAACACCUGCUCCUGAAAAAUAUUCACCUGAAAUAUACCAAGAAACACCUGGGUCUGAAGAAUAUUCACCUGAAAUAUACCAAGAAACAGCUGGGCCUGAAGACUAUGCACCUGAAAUAUACCAAGAAAUACCUGGGCCUGAAGACCUCUCUACUAAGACAUAUAAAGAUAAGGAUGUGCCUGAAGAAUGCUUUCCAGAGCUGUACCAAGAAAGAGGUGGGCCCCAAGACCAGGAUCCUAAAGCACACCAGGAAGAUGCUAAGGAUGUUUAUAUUUCUCCUUGAGAAAUGAAGGAAAAACCCAAAGCAGAGGAACCAGAGAUACCAGCAAUUCCAAACGUUCCUCAAGAGAUUCAACCAGAAAAUAAAAUUUAUAGUUGUUUUGUUUUAACAAUGUGCAACCAUCAUAGUUGUCCAACAAAAUUCACAUCUUAGUACAUUAUAUGUGUGAUUUUUCUCAAAAUAUGGUAGAAAUCUCUACAAUAUUCAUUAAUAUUUUAACAGUGGUUUUUCCCCCAUAUAUAGACCAUAUCUGAAAGAGAGAACUAAUGUGAUUUUUCAGGCUCUACCACAUAGACAACAUCCUGCUAGUGUGUGUGUGUCUGUGUGCACGCCCACGCGUGCGCAUGCGUAUGUAUAUGUAGGUAUAUUAGGGAGAGGAUAGUGGUGGGAACAGACUUAACAAUUUUCCUGCCCUUAAGAAUUAGUCAAAUAAAUGUUUGUUUUCAGGGGAAAAUUACUGAGCCCUCCCUUUUCCCAUUUUUAAGUCUGAACAAUUAAAAUUUGAGGAAGUAUAUAGUUUUCUUAUAAACUUUGUUCAAUUACUAAUGUAACAAUAGCAUCAAAAUCUUUUUUUGUGUGUGGUACACAGGCCUCUCACUGCUGUGGCCUCUCCUGUUGCGGAGCACAGGCUCCGGACGCGCAGGCCCAACAGCCAUGGCUCACGGGUUCAGCUGCUCCGCGGCAUGUGGGAUCCUCCCGCACCGGGGCACGAACCCGUGUCCCCUGCAUCGGCAGGCAGACUCUCAACCACUGCACCACCAGGGAAGCCCAGCAUCAAAAUCUUAUUCAGGCUUCAGAUGGCUUUUAACAAUUUAACAAUUUUAACAAUUCUUAUUCUGGGACUCCUUCAAAGAUAUUUUGGAGUGAUGAAUGUAGUUGUGUAUUUGAAUUUUGAUUUUCUAUUUUUACUUUUUAUACACUGUAAUUGUGCAGAAUGUAUAUUAAAUCAUUAUCACGUGUUUGUGUGGACAGCA